AUGAGGCUAGUAGAAACACAUUUCACCAAAUUGUUUACUUCGGAAGGGGAUAGGAACAUGGAAGACUGCAUAAGAGAUAUAUCUACGAGGGUCACGAGAGAGAUGAAUGAUGAUCUUAUGGGAAAGAUAAAAGAUGAGGAAAUUAAGGACGCAGUUUUUAACAUGGGAAGCUUAAAGGCCCCGGGACCAGACGGGUUACCAGAGGACAUAGGAGAAACAAUUGUGGUUUUGAUUCCCAAAGUGAGGCAACUGGAAAGAUUGAACCAUCUCAGACCCAUAAGCUGCUGUAAUUUCAUAUAUAAGAUUAUGACGAAGGUCUUGGUUGGAAGGUUAAGGAAAGUUCUUGAUGUCAUCAUAUCUCCAGUUCAGAGCGCCUUUAUAAAAGGCAGACUAAUACAAGAUAAUAUAGUAGUAGUGCAGGAAGUUUUUCACAAAUUAAACGGAAAAGGAAAUAAUGGAAGCAAUGACAUAGCCAUCAAAUUGGACAUGAAUAAGGCUUAUGACAGAUUGGAAUGGAAUUUCUUGCAAAGGGUAAUGGAAAAGUUCGGCUUCAGCAGAGAAUGGGUGAAACUGAUGAUGAGUUGCGUUAAGAGUACCACUUAUAGAUUUAAGAUCAAUGGAAAAUUGUCAGCCAAGAUCCACCCUCAAAGGGGACUCAGACAGGGAGAUCCUCUAUCACCCUAUCUCUUUAUCAUAGCAGCGGAAAGUUUUACCGUACUGAUGGAAAGGGCGUUGACGGAUAACCUCAUUUCAGAAAUAAGAUUAGCUCCAACUGCACCGGUCAUAACUCACCUAUUAUUCGCUGAUGAUUGUAUCAUUUUUGCAGGAGCGCAAGAAGAGGAGAUUUACCAACUAAUUCAGAUCAUAAACAAGUACACAGAGGCAUCAGGACAGAGAAUAAAUACUGAGAAAUUCGGUCUGAUCUUCGGAAGCCAGGUAUCGAUUCAAAGGAGAGUAAAUAUUGAAGAGAUCACCAGAAUGGCAUCGUGGGAAGAACCAGGAAGAUACCUAGGAUUACCAGCUACAUGGGGCAGAUCCAAGAACAAGGCGCUAGAGUGGAUACAAGAAAAGAUUCUAGAUAAAAUGCAAGGAUGGAAAGAGAAACUCUUAAAUCAAGCCGGGAAGGAGGUUUUGAUAAAAGCUGUUAUACAGGCGAUUCCAGUCUAUGCCAUGAACAUCAUCAAAUUUCUUAAGUCUUUUCACAGAAAAAUUGAAUCAGCAAUUGCGAGAUUCUGGUGGACUAACUACGGCAAGAAUAGAAGUAUUCAUUGGAAGAGCUGGACAAAAAUGACCAGAAGCAAAUUGAACGGAGGCUUGGGGUUUAAGGAUUUUGAAUGCCAAAACACAGCUCUCUUGGCUAAGCAAGCUUGGAGACUUCUAAAGGAGGAAGAUGCAAUAUGGGCUCGGAUUCUAAAGGCCAUUUACUAUCCUAAUUGCAGCCUAUGGGAAGCGGGGAGAGGAAGGAACGCAUCAUGGAUAUGGAAGAGUAUCUUGGAAGGCAGAGAUUUUCUCAGAAAGAAGGGAAGGUGGAGUGUAGGAAGUGGGGAAGGAAUAGAUAUCUGGGAAGAUAAUUGGGUGGUAGGAACAGAAAAGUUGAGGAGAUUCGGAGAAACUCAACAUAAAAGAGUGAGCGAGCUAAUAAGAGAGGGCGAGGGCUGGGACUUAGAAAAAAUUAGGGAUAUUUUUCAUGGUAAUGUGCUUGAGCUGAUAACCAGAACGCCUAUCAGUUUGAUUAACAAGAAGGAUCAUUUUAUUUGGCCAUAUAGGAACGACGGACCGUACUCAGUCAGAUCCGGAUACCAGGCAGCGAAGGAGGAGAAAGAUACAAGGGUAGAGACAAUGCUCGCCAAAGCUUCGACAAGCCAGAACUUGAAGGAGAUAUGGGAGAGGAUUUGGAGGUUACCGGUUCUGGAAAAGGUCAUAAUGUUUUUAUGGAAAGCGGUGUAUGGAAUUUUGCCAGUAAACGCGAAAUUACAUCAGCGCAGAAGUGCACCUACACCGAUGUGCAGCAUAUGCCAGGAACAAGAGGAGACUAUUCAACAUAUGAGUACAAUUGACAAAAUCAAGACAGUGGCAGGAAAUGAACAUGACAAGAUAAGGAACUGUAUAAUCGAAUCAGAUUGUUUACCAUUGGUUCAAGCAAUCAAGGCAAGAAUGCCCUUAGCUGAAGCAGACGCAAUCAUUAGGGACAUUCUGCUAAUGCUGGAAGAGGCGCCGGAUGUGGGAGCUACUUGGACUCCACGUGAAGGUAACAUCUCAGCUCACCAACUGGCAGCGAUGGCAGCAGGAAACCAGCUACAGAGGCAGCGGGCAGUAUCUCCGCCUGUACAGGUCAGGAACAUAAUCAGAAAGGAAGCAGGAUUCGCUAAUCUUCAGAACAAUCAUCACAAUCAAACUCAAGACAACCAGGUUUCAGUUUCAACCAACCUUCAAGAAGGUCAAAGUGAUAAAGGAUUACCGGGGCGGGUGGAAGCGGAAACCUGGAACAACCACGCAUCACAGGGGGAUCGGCGGCUUCAACCCACGACUUCGCAAAGGCUGAUGAAUGAUUCCAGCAGGGACACUAGCAGUAUAAGGAAGAUGCUCAGAGGUGGGAACGAGAUCAAAUUUCAAUCUGGGCAGAACCUUGCUCGGCAUAGGGGCUGCAGCGGAGAAACCACAAAUGCGAAAUCAGCAUCUGCAGGAAUAACUCAACGACACCACCGGGAGUUGCAACGAGGGACGGACUCUGCGCCGGCUGAACACAGAACGCCAACAAUGAUUGAGAUGCGAAAGGAAGCUGGUGAGUCCGCCCAGGAGGAAACAUUGCAGGAUCAGCGCCAUGCAUGA